GCUCUCGUUCACUACCCUAUAUAAACAGGGUCCGACGCGCCUCUUUCACUCUCAGAGCUGGUCUCUACCUUGCUGCUUAACCCUCACAAGCCUGGUGCUUAAUCUACAGCUAUCUACUACUAUCCGUCAUGCGUCUUUUCACAGCCUGCUCGUUCUUGAUCGUCUGGACACUCUCCUUCCUGCUGGGUGAAUGCCGACCAUUUGGGCUUGACCGCCGGGUUCAUCAAUAUACAACGGGCCAGAAAAUAACCAUCCAAGUCAAGUCGUCGACAUUGGGUGUAUCCAAAACUAAAGAAUAUGAAUGUACUGUAAUCGGGGAAGGACGCGAUGGGGUGGUUUGUCAACUGUACUCGGAAAAACAGUGGGCUAUUGCGAAGUCCAGCAAACCGGUCGAGGGUGAUCGUCAGAUUAUGGACCAAGCCAUCCCGUUCGAUGAGGAGGUUCAAGCGCUUCGCGACGUUGGCUUAUAUAUCAAGACUUUGAACGCUCUUGACGGGACCAAGUGGAUAGUCAUGAAGAAUGUUCGGACUGGACCGCCACAGAUGUAUACUCCCGAAGAAAUAUUGGCUCAAGCUGAGACAAAAGAGGAAUGCCAAUCUAUCGUGAAAGCCUUCUCAGACCGAUCUGCCGAAAUGAUCGAAUUCUGGAUUGACACGAAAGGCCUUCGGUGAAUUUUACAUUUUUCUAUACUUCCCGGAACGCGGAUCUCAUCGUUUCUGUAGCCACGAGGAUCCAAAGCCAGAUAAUGUUUUCGUCACUGCCAACUUGGACCGACUGACGCUCAUUGACUAUGGUCGCUCUAGGCGUGUUGAUGGUUUGACUCAAGAUUUGAAAAGCAAAAUCGAAUUUGAUUCAGUGAAAGGAUUCAACGCUCUGAACGCUAUAUGCAACAAGAAGCCCUCGGGAGGAAAAGCUAGGACUUUUCCGGCAUUGAUCAAACCUACUGGUGUAUCAAAGAUAAGUGACAAGGAAAAGGCUAA